AUGGUUGUUGGUGGCAGCCGGAGGGGCCGGUUAUCUCGAGAUUGUGGGGCUCCACCGUACUCCAUCUCCAUCUUCACGGAGAGUACGGUUAGCGUCUGGAAAAUCGUGCGAGUAGCAUCUUUGUUGGAUAGCAUUAGUGAAUCGCUCCCACAAGGGAACAAGGUACAAACUCGCCAUUGCAGUGAGCGCGGCUACUUCUGGUCAAGGCAAUUGAUGUGGCAUGUCAACCUUCCUUCCCUCACGAGUGAGUAG